AUGAUGGAGUACUGGAGGCAGUGCGCGCUGUGGCUGAUCAACUGCAAGGUGCUUCCAGCGAACCACCGGGUAACGUUGGACGUCGCACAGGUAUUUGACUUGGCUCAAACCCUCCGGGAUGGAGUCCUCCUGUGCCAUCUGCUCAACAACCUUAAGCCCCAAAGCAUCAACCUGAAAGAAAUCAACCUCCGUCCGCAAAUGUCACAGUUCCUAUGCCUGAAGAAUAUCAGGACUUUCCUGGUGGCGUGCAAUGAGAUAUUCGGAAUGAAGAAAAGCGACCUGUUUGACGCCUUUGACCUUUUUGACGUCAGGAACUUUGGGAAGGUUAUGGACACGCUGUCCAAACUUUCCCAUACGACAAUUGCACAACAAACUGGAAUCAGAGCCUUUCCCACCGAGGACAGUGUUGAAGAUGAGGACAUCUACAAUCAUUUGGAGGACCUAAUAGAUGAGAAUGGGGUGGAGGAUGAGGAGGAUCUGUAUGACUGUGUGUAUGAUGAUGAAGAUGGCGGAGAGAUCUACGAGGACCUGAUGAAGACAGAAGUCAUCCCUCCUCCGGCGUUCCAGAAGCAGGCGGAGACUGACAUCAGGAGCUGCUGUUUAAAUGAAAUUAGGCAGACAGAGGAGAAAUACACUGAGACCCUGGAGUCUAUAGAGAAGCACUUCAUGAUGCCCCUCACAGUGUUUUUAACCACGGUGGAGAUGGAGAACGUGUUUGUGAAUAUUCCGGACCUGGUUAAAGUUCACAAGUGUUUACUGCUGGAAAUCCAGGACUCAGUUCACCACAGAAGUGCCAAGAACCUUGACCAGAUCUUCAUCUCUUUCAAAGAAAGGUUGUUGAUUUAUGGGAAAUACUGCAGCCACGUGGAGACAGCCAUUGCUACACUCGAUGAAAUCUGCAGACUCAGAGAAGACGUACGCAUGAAGCUGGAGGAAUGUUCAAAGAGAGCAAACUCCGGCAAAUUCACUUUGAGGGAUCUGCUUGUUGUUCCCAUGCAGCGGGUCUUGAAGUAUCAUCUCCUCCUGCAGGAGCUGUUGAAACACACUCACGAUGCCGCAGACAAGAGUAAUCUACGGAUGGCGUUAGAUGCCAUGAAGGACUUGGCACAGUAUGUAAACGAAGUCAAGAGGGACAACGAGACACUGCGAGAAAUAGAUCAGUACCAGAGAUCCAUCGAAAACCUGAAUGAGCCCCUCAAGAUGUACGGGAGGCCUAAGGGUGACGGAGAGGUGCGCGUGGCCUCAGUAGACAAACGGGCUAAACAGGACAGGCACAUCUUCCUGUUUGACGCCGCCGUGAUUGUUUGUAAGCGGCGAGGAGACAACUACGAGAUGAAAGAGGUGAUCGAUCUGCACCUCUUCAAGAUCACCAACAACCCCACAUCCGACAAGGACAACCGAAAGUGGUCCCACGGAUUCUACCUCACGCACAACCAGGGCCAGAGCGGCUUUGAGUUUUUCUUCAAGACCAAAGAGCUGAAAAAGAAGUGGCUGGAGCAGUUUGGCAUGGCCAUAUCAAACAUUCGUCCUGAGAACGCCACUAACAACUUCCACGAGUUCCGAAUGCACACUUUUGAAAAAACCACCUCCUGUAAUUCCUGCCACAUGCUGCUAAGGGGCAUCUUUAACCAGGGUUACUUAUGCUUCAAGUGUGGCUUAGGAGCCCAUAAGGAAUGCCUUGGUCGCUUUGGCUCCUGCGGAAAAACAGAUCCCGACUCCGACAGACAUCAGGGCAGGGAUCAGGAUUCAGGGCUGCUCAGGGUGUGUGUAAUCAGGAACUACUUUGGUGUGCCGAGGCCUGCGUCCGGCCCAUCGCUCAGCAUCCACAUCGGUGACAUCAUCGAAUUAAUCUGCCCCAACCCCAGCAACACCUGGUGGCAGGGCAGGAUCCUGUCGACCGAAGAAGUUGGCUUCUUUCCAAGAGACGCCGUAAAGCCCUUCCGACCCGAUCCGAAGCCCGUCGAUUACUCCUCUCACCCAUGGUUUGCAGGUCCCAUGGAGAGGCUCCAAGCUGAAGCAGAGCUCAUCAGCAGGGUUAACAGCACCUAUCUCGUCCGCCAUCGCAGCAAAGAGUACUCGGAAUAUGCCAUCAGCAUAAAGUACAACAACGACGUGAAGCACAUAAAGAUCCUGACCAGGGAGAGCAGAUACUACAUCGCAGAGAACAAGAAGUUCAAGAGCAUAUUAGAACUGAUUGAGUACUACAAACACCACUCCCUGAAAGAAGGUUUUAAGAGUCUGGACACCACGCUACAGUUUCCUUACCGGGAACCGGAAAAUGCUGCUGUGCAUCGCUUCAACCGAUCUGGCAGCAACACUCCAUUGCUCUGCGGCCUCUCUCUUGUAACUCCUGCCGGCUACAGCUUUGUACCUCCUUCCUCUGCUCCCUUCUGGUCAGUGUUUGCACCCAAAGUGAUCGGCGUGGCCAUAGCGCGGUACGACUUCAGCUCCCGGGACACUCGGGAGCUGUCGCUGCAGGAGGGGGACGUGGUCAAGAUCUACACAAAGUCCGGAGCCAACGGCUGGUGGAGGGGCGAGGUGAACGGCAGGGUCGGCUGGUUCCCAUCCACAUACGUGGAAGAGGCCGAGGAGUGAAGCGUUCCGGCGUGGGAUGACAUGUAAAAUGAAAGGCAGGGAGCGGCGGGAGCCUCUGCGCGGUGGCGGGCGCCUCGCUCUGCCCCCGCCGUUGCCUAAAAGCCAUCCCAGAGGCCUUCGGUAGAGAAAAAGGGCUACAGCACGCUGCAGAUGUCAGGGUGCCCCGUCUGUGUGGAUCAGCCACUCCGCCAACAAGCAGCUUGACUGUCAGCGGGGAGCAGGCGCUCGCCAGACACUUCCCGUUUCCCUCCCCGAUUCCUCCGUCCAUCCAUAAUUCAUCCCUCGCUUUCCUGUCGGCCCCAACCUCUUCUCCUGCUUCCUCCCGCCAGUGAACGCAUCUCCUGCAUUCACGCGCUCGUCCAUCCAUUCGUCCUUCCAUCAACUGUGUGGGAAUGGAGUCUUCACAGUGCCGCUGGAGCCCCCCCGCCCCCCCAAUGUGCUGAAAACGUUUUUGUUUUUCUGCGUCUUUCAUCCCUUUUUCCACCCUCAGGGGAUUUCUCUCAGCUUUGACCUUCCCUGUGUGUGUGUGUUCCUGUGUGUUUUGGUUAUUGACAACUAUAUGACCCAGAUUCAUUCACACACGCCGCCCCCCCCCUCCAGAUUAUUAUCACCACACAUUCUCACUCUCCUUCUGUGGAUGGAGGAGAGGGAUGGUGUAGGAGAGCAUCGCUGCACAGUGCCAAGGAUUGAUUGCUGUUGUUCCUCUUUUCCGCCCUCCUCCUCCAUCCUUUAUCAGCACACCCGGCCUAUCGCACUUCUUGUUUUGUUUUCGGGCCGUCUUCGGCUGUGAGCGAUCCUCAGCUCUUAUCGAACGGCAGCUCUGUCAACAAGCGCCACGCUCGCCGAGGGGUUUAUCAGACCAGAGGCAUUAGCGGCUCGUCCAGGAGCAAGCUGCGCUAUCCGGAGGUUUCCAUUUGUCUGAUGUGACGGUUCCUCACAACCAGACACCAAUGAAAAACUGAAAAAAAAGAAAAAACAGAAAGUGAAAUCAGCUUUAAGAUUUCCUUAGUGGUUGGCUAUUAAAAGUGCUGUUUUUUUAUUUUAUUGACAGAAUCUUCAGUAGUUUUAAAAAAAAAUCUGUACAGACGGUUUUAUUCAGUGAUUUCAGCGUUGGCUACACACAAAAAUAUUUGAACUGUAUACGAUUUUUAUUUAUUUAUUUAUUCAUUUUCAGUUUUGCAUCCCUGUUUUACCCUACGAAAAGGAAGGAGGGAAUUGUGUUUUUUUUAUUUUCUUUUAAGCUCAUUUGAAAAUCGAACUUUUAAGAUAAAGGAAGCUGUUUUGUGGCAAGCUUUUCUCCCUGAUAGUGGCGUUCUGGAGACAUGUCGUCUUUUCAUGCUUAUAUUUGAGAAUAACUAUUAGCCACCAGCCAGGUCUGUCGCCCUUUUUUUUUCUCCCCUGGUCAUAUUUUUUAAUUCAAUUCAAUUCAAUUCAAUUUUAUUUAUAUAGCGCCACAUCACAACAACAGUUGUCUCACAGCGCUUUUUAGGCUCUGGAAGGCAUAAAUGAGCCCGAAAGAAUGGCACCUCUCUGUUUUGCUCUCCCCACUUUGAGCCCCUCUGCUGUGUUAUUAUGGGACCACUAGAUGGAGGCAUCCUAAACAAAUCUCUCCAUUUUAAAACGGUUGCCUUGGACGUGUUAAAAGUCUCGUAACGAUGUCACCUGAUUAGGAGGUGUGCGCAAGUAUACAGCCUCAAAACACAAGUAAAAGCAUCCAGUAAAAAAAUUGUAAAUUGCUUGUAAAUGAAGAGUCUGUUUAAACGGUGUCGGGAAGCCCGGGAUGGCAUUCCCUCUGGUUUUCUGCUUCCGAAACCUUAGUUCGGAAGCAUUUGUGAUAUCUUUAGAAAAGUUUUUGUGGACCUUUUGAGCCCCAUUCUUCUUUUUUGGGGAGCAUACAAGUCAGAGCAGGUUCUCUGAUGGCAGAUGCCACUAAUCAACUGCGGCUCUCCCUCAUCCUCCCGGGUGAACUCUGACAGCGUGGCUACAACCAGAGGCAGGUUUUCACCACCCUCUGCACUCUUUUUUUUUUUUUUGCACGCAGGAGAGACGGGUGCAAGGCUCAAGGGUAUCUGUGAUCUAAUCAUUACACCAUCCCCUCACCUCAGCGACCCCUGCGCAUUCAUCUCUCUGUCGGCCGCCGUCUCUUUGGCUCUAUCUCACUGUGUCACU